UCCAAGGCUAUGCUUUUUCUCUGCCUCAUAGCCUUUUUCCAAGUCUCUUUUGCCACUUCCAAACCUACUGGUCUAUCCAUGAAGCUCAUCCGAAGGGAUUCCCUGCACCCUGGAAACCUCACUAAAGUUGAAAGAAUCAAAAAAUUGUUACAAUUGCCAGAAUUUAGAGCUCCAUAUUUAGAUUCUGUUUUGAGUUCCAAUGCAACAGCAGAUCUUGAUACCGUCCAUGUACCAAUAGGUCGCGUUCCUGAUAAUCAUCUAUAUGUGGUAGAGCUUAAAAUCAGAAGCCGACUCCAUCUGGUGAAGUUGCUGAUGGAUACUGGAAGUGGUCUAAUUUGGAUGCAGUGUAGGCCUUGUAAAAAAUGCUUCAGACAGCAGCUUCUCAUGUAUGACUCUCGAGCCUCCACCAGCUAUCACAAGCUUCCUUGCACUCACCCGCUUUGUCAAGGUGAUUACAAAUGCUACAAAUGUUAUAAUAAUGAAUGUGUCUACAGCAUUCGGUAUGGUGUUGAUUCUCAUCCUAAUCCACCUACGACAAAAGGUGUUGCAUCUUUCGAAUCAUUCCAAUUUCCUGUUGAUAAUGUCCACACUAGAGUCAUUGAUGGUAUGGUUUUUGGAUGCUCCAAAGAUAACCAAAACUUUGAUUUUUCCAAUGGGGAGAUUUCAGGAAUUCUAGUAUUAAGCUUGGCACCAGAUUCACUAGCAACCCAGUUAGCUAGUAAAGGCAUUACUAGUUAUCGGUUCUCAUACUGCUUAGGCCCUUUUACUGAUGAAUUGGUGCGACCUAGUGUCCUAAGGUUUGGAGAUGAUAUUCCCCCACCAGUAGGAAAUCUUCAAACAACACAAAUUCUACCAAACGGAUUCUAUCACUUUCACUUGGAAUUGUUAGAGGAUCAUGGCAGCAACAAAACAUGCGUAUCAUUUAUAAUAUGGAUGUUGCUAGACUCCAAUGGGUUACCGAGACUUGUGGUGAUGAUAUUCCAUGAUUGA